AUGAGUGCCCCGCUGGUUCCCAAUAAGUCAUGUUACAAUUUACUGCAGGACAACAGAAACGAGAUGAAGAAUAACAAUGAACGUAUGGUGACUGUUGGAGACACGAAUGCCAACCAAAUCACACCAGAGGUUAGAACCUCUGGAGGGGAAUUAAGGACAAAUGAUCUGUCAAGAGAAACUAGAUGCCGGAAUGCAGGUGAGACAGAAAAUAACACACAGUUAGAUUCAGAGAGGAACAGACUUCAGGGCACUACUACUGGCCUAUCUGAGUUUAGGCUGCAUUCCACCAGCAGCAGGGAAUUGCAUAAGGAUUACAGGACUGAUGGGGUGAAGGACUCUUCAAAACUACUCCCUAUUAGCCGGGGAUAUAGUUUGUCCAAUCUGAGGAUUAAUACAAAUGAGACCUUUUCAGUGGUUCUUUCAAAAAGCGAUGCUGAUCUCAUUCAGCACGUUUCAAAGGAGAGAGCACCUAGAAGGAUUGAGCCAGAAGGCAUAAAGCGCCUUUCCUUGGGGAGAUCAAGGAAACUGAUGGCUAAAACGGAAGCUUUUGGGAAAGAAUUUGUAGGUCGUGUAUCAGGCAAGCGGUUGCUUUCCGCAUCCUUGGAUUCCAUUGACACCUCGCACCAUUUGAUUGGGGACACCGAGAGAUCUCGUAAAACAUCCACAGACCAUUUUUUAGGCGUGGUGUUUCGUCCAACUGAUAGCGCUUCCGAGGGAAACAUUGUCCGUUAUUCUAAGCCACCAUCUACCUCAGAAACGAAGAAAACAAAUGUUGCAGCAACACAACCAGGUGCGGACAACCUUGCAAAUUUCAACAAACAAAGCACACCACACCCUGCUCACAUAGAUCUACAUUUAACUGUAAAAUCCAGUGAAAUUUGGAGCAGAUCAGAAGCACAAGUAGAUCACCAGGGUGAUAAGAGGGGAAAGGCGGAGUUGAAAAGCCCUCUGUAUUCUCAGUCUAAGAGUAUGUGUCAGCAAAAAAUUGACAGGAAUACGCCGGUUGAAUUUCUCGGAUAUCAGAUGGAGGAAAAUAACGUUGCAGGGCAGAAUAAAAAGGAUUAUGGGGCUGAAGUAUACAAGGAGAAAUCACAUCAGUUACAGGAAGCUUGUCGCAAAGGAGAGAAUCCAUAUUUAAAUGAGGACUUUGACUCUGCCAGUGACAGGCUGGUAAGUAAUAGUAAUAACUCCCCAGGUUUAAGAAAGGGAGGUAGUCUUAGUGACAGCAGGUCGAUGAACCAACUGAGUGAGUGUAUUGCUGAAAAAGAAGAGGAUUCUGCAUUGCCUUUUGCUGGUGACAGCAAACACAGUGGCAAGCUGACACCUACAAGAAAUAAAAACCUACAUGAUACUGAUGCAAGUUGCAUUCAAGCAGCUGGUGGACAUAUGCCUUUUAUGCAUAACACAAAUCUGCCAGACUGCAAACUUCUAAACAGUAAUGAAAGCAAACUAGUCAAAGGGAAUAGUGAUGUUGCGAUGCUCACCUCUGAUCAACCAAACGUGUUUAGUGCAGAGAAUGCGUCAGAUGAUCACUCUAACAUCCAGGGCUGUGGUUUAGAUGCUACAAGUGUUUCAGUUCUGAGCAAGAAGACGGUCAUUCUAAAGAGAAAUCUUUCAAGCGACACUCCGGAGAGCUGUAAAAUAUCAGGAAGAACAGAUACCUUUUUAUGUGCCCCGACGCCUUUGCGCCCUGUGGCGGCUGUGAAUGUCAGUAAUCACACCACAGCAUCAAGCAGUGGCUUGAAGGAUCAUGUUGACAAGCUGCCAUCCUCUGCAGUCCUACCUCCCAUUGAUGACACACAGUUGCUAAGCCUAUCCCCUAAAGUGCCUAACAAGACUCCCUGUAACAGUGGCAUCCCCAAACCCAUCCUCAUCCAUGCUAAGGGCUCCCAUCUGGCCAAGGACGACGGGGAGAGCAAUGGCAUAGAGAAGCUGGAAGACAAGCCUGAGAUAAAACCAGACAUCCCCAAGCCCAAACAUGUAAGGCCUAAGAUCAUCACUUACAUCAGAAGAAAUCCCCAGGCAAUAAGCCACCUCGACCAUGCAUUUGCCCCAGCUGGAUUACCCUAUGUGGCACCUCCUUGCAGCAUGCCAAUGGCUACAGAGCAGAAGGCUUCGAGCGAUGGAGAUAUUAAAGCAGGCACCGUUCUCUAUGACAAGUUUAAACCUGACUUGCAGAAGCCUCGGAUUUACAGUUCUGGACUCGUGGUGUCUGGCAUUAAAUCCCCAAGCCAUCAUUUUGGUCAAAUGGGUGAAAAAUUUAUCCAGGAGGUAAGGCACACAGGAUGGUUUUUGUAUGUAGCACCUGGCUGUUGCAAUGUAGCACGAAGUGCAUAA